UUUUUUUUUUUUUCAUUUCCAGUCUCGCGGAUCUCCAUUUUCUUCUUACCCGAUAGCCAGGAGCAGAAGACUAAACGCUUUUCCAAAAUGAAUGAAGAGUACGACGUCAUCGUCCUGGGCACCGGGCUCACGGAAUGCAUUUUAUCAGGCAUCAUGUCAGUGAAGGGGAAGAAAGUUCUUCACAUGGACCGCAACUCGUACUACGGCGGCGAGAGCGCUUCCAUCACGCCGCUGGAAGACCUCUACAAGCGCUUCAGCCUUCCCGGCAGCCCUCCUGAUUCCAUGGGAAAAGGACGAGACUGGAACGUGGACCUGGUCCCAAAGUUCCUCAUGGCCAACGGUCAGCUGGUGCGCAUGCUGCUGAUCACACAGGUGACUCGCUACCUGGAUUUCAAGGUGAUCGAAGGCAGCUACGUGUACAAGGGAGGCAAAAUCUACAAAGUCCCCUCCACCGAGACUGAGGCCCUGGCAUCCAGCCUGAUGGGCUUGUUUGAGAAGCGACGCUUCCGGAAGUUCUUGGUCUUCGUGGCCAACUUUGACGAGAACGACCCUAAAACCAUGGAAGGCGUCGACCCGAAAAAGACAACAAUGAGGGCCAUUUUCCAGAAGUUCAGCCUGGGACAGGAAGUUAUCGACUUCACCGGCCACUCCCUGGCGCUCUACCGCACAGACGAGUACCUGGAUCUACCCUGCCUCGACGCAAUAAACAGAAUAAAGCUUUACAGCGAGUCUCUGGCCAGAUACGGCAAGAGCCCGUACCUCUACCCUCUGUACGGGCUGGGAGAACUGCCACAGGGCUUUGCCAGGUUGAGCGCCAUCUUUGGUGGGACGUACAUGUUGAACAAGUCCGUAGAGGAGAUCGUGAUGGAGAACGGGAAGGUGGUGGGAGUCAAGUCUGAGGGAGAGAUUGCAAAAUGCAAACAGCUGAUCUGCGACCCUAGCUACGUCAUGGAUCGUGUGAAGAAAGUGGGUCAGGUGAUCCGAGUCAUCUGCAUCAUGAGUCAUCCCAUUGCCAACACCGGCGACAUCAACUCUUGCCAGAUCAUCAUCCCACAAAAUCAGGUUAACAGGAAGCACGACAUCUACGUGUGUAUGAUCUCGUUUGCUCACAAUGUGGCUGCAUCGGGUAAAUACAUCGCGAUUGCCAGCACCACAGUGGAGACGAACGACCCUGAGAAAGAAAUCAAGCCGGCCCUCGACCUCUUGGAGCCCAUCGAGCAGAAAUUUGUCAGCAUCAGUGAUCUGUAUGAACCUACCGACGUGGGCACUGAAAGUCAGAUCUUCAUCUCUCGCUCAUACGACGCCACAACUCACUUUGAGACCACCUGCGACGACAUCAAGGACAUCUACAAGCGAAUGACCGGUUCAGACUUUGACUUUGCUGAAAUGGAGCGCAGAAAGCAGGACGUCUUCGGUGACGCUGCAGAGUAGAGGCGGCACAUCCACAAUACUCCAGAUUAACAAAGACGACAGUUAUGGAAUUCGUAAAAAAAAAAAAAAAAAUGAUACAAAUAGAUAAACUACAGAAAUAUGUACCCAUGGGUGGGCUAACCAGAUAUCCAGGUAUAAGGUUUGCCCACUGUGGAAGUUAUGGUUAUAAGAUAUGGAAUAAUGUUGGAUAGGGUUCAGAAAGGGAGCAUUGCUUUUCCAGAUCUCGUUCAGGUGGAUGUUGCACUAAAUACAGUUUAUUGCCUAUUAGACCGUACUUUAUAUCCUUGUGAGUCAUCAUGUUUAGUUGAAGCAAAAUCCAAAGACCCUAAAUCAAAAAAAAAAAAGAAUUUGUCAGUAUCUUAAAAAAAAACGAUGGGUUUAGGGUGGGUGGGGUCCAAGUUUUUGUCAUUAUUCAGGUUCGACAAGAUGUAAAAUAUCUCCAAACACCGUUUUGUUUCUGCGGGUGUGUUUGUUUUCCAUGUCUGACUGAAAGAGAGGUGGCUUUGGCUUUGUCCUUUUUUGUAUUAAAUCUUGUGAGCAACUGUUCCUUGCAGGGUGUCGUAAUUCGAGCAAGUAGAGCCGCAGCAGCAGACCGUCACGUGAGACGGCGCCUGAGCUAAGACGUGUUCAUGCCGUCUCACCCCUGACGCUGCCCAGACGGCACACUAACCGAAGUCACGCUGAUGACCGUUGUCAAGGGCAGGCCACCUGAAACUAUUCUCAGCAGCUGGAGUUACCAGAAAGCAGCAGAGACUUUUUGGAUCCACGUCUUGCAACACGGUCCAAACAUCGAUAGCAGAUGGCAAACAUGGCUCACUGUAAUUGCUUAAGAAGGACCAAAUGUAUACGGCUGCAGUAUUGAACUGAUGAGAGCCUUGUCUAUGCUUUGAACAACUGUCAAAGGAAAAACACUUGGCUUUGGCUCAAAUGAUUUCUGUACUGCGAAGCAAAAUAAAAAAAGAAAUCACUUGUA